UUCAAUUUUAAGGACGCUCCCAAGUGCUCCCCGUGAAUUUUGCUGAAAUGAUCACCAUUCAGUGCGGUGAAAACGGUCCGAGUGCCUCAAAAAUCGGAGGGAUCGUGUUCUCGAAAAAAUCGCGGCUAAAACUGCAGACGGGUCCCCUGUGGCGAUCGGAAAGUCAGGCAGAUGAAUCUUGCCGGCGACAGCGGGCUGAGGAGAUAUAUUUUCAACAGCGAAGAGAGAAGAGAGAGAGAGAGAAAAAAAUUCUGAAAAAGGGAAAAAUAUGAGAGGAGAAAGGAGCCGAAUUCGACCGAUCGUAUGUUUACGCGCCGAUCAGCUGUUCCAGAGAAGCUGACAUCUCGCGCAUGGUGACCAAUCCAGUGGGCUCAGUCGCAUCAUUUUCGCCUAAUGUCGUUACAGUAUGAGUCGGAGUGUCUGGUUUCUAUUCGAUAAGCGUUCUUACUGACGGUUCUUUUCCUUUGAAAGUUCGUUUAAAAGUGGUGUUUUCAGAUGCAGAGCCUUCACAUCCUGGAUAGUUCGUUGUACCCGAACGGAGAGCCGCUUGACGCCUCGAUUUCUCGGGAAUGGUACACGCCGUUCAUCCCUUCACCGGGCCCGGAGCCGUCCCUGGAGAACGUGACGUUCCAGCGGGACUAUUUGCAAGGAGCGGGGACAGGGGCGCGCCCCCACGACUACAACUACGCCCCGUACUUCAACUGCGACUGCAAGCCGAUCCCGGCUCACCCGAUCCAUGUGUACGCGCCCGAGAUGAUCGGCAACCCGCACAACAUGCCCACUCAAGGGCUCCAGUUCAGCCCCAGGGAGCCAGAGUUCGCCCCAUUCCGAGUCCGCCAGAAACCCAGGGAUCCUCCCCGCUACCCCUCGCCCCCCUUCAUAAAGUCCGAAUUCUUCAAUUUAGACGCACCGGCCACCUUAGAGGACACUGCUAUGGACAGAGAGAAUCAGAUUGUGAAAAUCAAAGUGGAUCGAACCCGCGACGAUGAUUGCUCGCUGAGCUCUUUUCAAGAGGCGCUAGGUGUCGUCGAACAGAGAGAUACACCGUCUACCUCAUCCUCUUCAUCUUCCGAAGCUCCCUUCCGUAGCAACCGUCCCAUAAAAAUUUCUGAGACGGUUGGGACGAUGGGCUUAGGAUUGGCGAGUAGUAAGCAAGAGGAAGUUUUGAAAGCAGCCAAGUCACUGUUCAGUAAACGAACGAGAACUCUGUAUCAGUGGCUUUGUCCUGACGCGUCCAAGACUAAACUCAAAGCCAGCGUAUCAGCCGCGUGGGACACCCUAUCCGAGCCAGAAAAGCAUUUCUACAUUUCCCAGGUGCUGGGUCGAUUCGGGCUGCGCGAGUCAAGUCUGAUGGUGAACCCUCAGCUAGACGGGAUCAAGGGCCUCCCCGGGGGCGGGGGCGGGGGUGCGGACCCGAGCCGGAACUCAAUGCGCGCCUCCAUCUUCAAAGCAAGGGCGGCCAUCGAGGACCAAGAGGCCGUCAACGCCCUCUUCCAGUCUUGCGACGACGCCCACAGCUGGACCUCCUUCCGCCGCCAGAAGACCCUCCGGGCCCCGCGGAAGCCCCGCUCACCACCUCCCGAAAAGGAAAAGCGGAAGAAGCGGAAGUACGUUCGUCGCAACCUCCCCAAUGUGCACACCCCCGUCUCGGCGCCGGUGGCCAAACGCGCCAAGAUAAGGCCCAAGGAAGAACCACUGGAGGAGGUCGAGCUGCGCGUCGACGGUGGCGCCCCUGGCGGAAGGUUCGAGAACGACGAAGAGCUCCGCAGCGACGCCGAGAACAUUGCCGUCGAGGAGGAGUUCUGGAACAACCCGCUUAACCCGGCUGAGCUCUUUCCGGAGAUCAACUUCUAGCACUCGUGCAAUGGGGAGAGAAAACAUGUCAAUAGGGGAAGUGACCCUUUUUGUGAUGAAGCGUGAUAAAAAAAAGAAGGGUUUAGUACAAUGUUAACUUCGUCUAAUAGUAAAGCAGCUUCUUUAUCAGAGCAAGAGAUACCUAAAUGAUAGGUGUACGUUUUUUGAUUAGAAUUGAGGGACUUGGAGGACAAGGCGCUAAAGUGCAGUUUCUGAAAUCGUAUUUUUGACGAUUUCAACUAAAAUUAGUCCUAAAAUAUAUUCUGUAACAAAUUAAUCAGCAAAGUCCAAUUUUUAAAUAUCAAAAAGUGAAUUUGCACCUUGUCCUCCAAGCCCCUCGAUGCUGAUUCGUUUGAUUAAAAGUGGGACUAAGUACCUAUCUAGUCAGUUCAGUCACUCUCCUUUCGGAGUCCAACUUGUAUAGCGCUUAGACUGGGAUCAACGGUAGGACUAUUGUGGAGCGUUAUAGUACUAUGGUGUGCUAGAUACGGUUGCAAUAUCAAUUGCAUGGUUUUUUACAUUAUGCAAUGACAGAAACGAGAGUUACCUUCGCAGAAACAUACAGUUAUCUUUUAUAUGUACCAGCAUAGAUUCCCCAUCUCAUCUCAUUUAGUGUUUAUUUUGUUUGAUAUAUGUGAUCAGGUUUAGAUAAAUUUUGUAAAUUUAAAAACUUUAUAAUGCUAAUAAAAUAAAGGUUAAUUUUUAUGUGCGU